GCAGUGCCCUCUCGCAGACUGUAAAGUGCAGCUAUAAAGAACAAAUCAGGUUAUCUUCACGCGUAUCUCAUUCGGAGUAAUUAAGAUUUAAUGAAAUCUUAUUAUUUUAGAUUUAAAAUAACAAAGUAAAUUAUUUUAAUCUUUACUUAUAUAAAGCUUAUUUUCUGAUUUAUCCAGUUUGUGAAACUUUUUUUAUAACUCAUCGUGUUUUAGCCGCGUGCUGGUGAUCACCGUAACUUAACCUAAAAGGAAAAAUGCCUCGCAAGAGAAAGGGUCGAUGUGUAAAGCGCAACAAACAGAUCAAUGUAGGAGAGAAGGAAGAGUUAGUAAAGGCACCUCAUUCUUUUGUAUUUCAUCGUGGAUUGCCAGGAGAUCAUAUUGUUGAGCUUACUAAAGAUUUUCGCAAGAUCAUGGAACCCUUUACAGCUUCAUCCUUGAAGGCUCGAAAGAAAAAUACUAUCAAAGAUUUCGUUUCCGUUGCAAGUGUGUUACAUGUUAGUCACAUGUGCAUCUUUACAAAAACAGAGCUAGGAAUGUAUCUGAAACUUUGCAAAUUGCCUAGAGGACCUACACUUACUUUCAAGAUACAUAGUUUCUCUUUGGCUCGAGAUGUUAUAUCUAUGUUAAAGAAGCAGUUGGUAUAUGAAGAGGCCUUUAAAAGUUCACCUCUGUUGAUCUUAAAUAAUUUCAGUGGAGAAGGCAUGCAAUUAAAACUUAUAGCUUCUACUUUCCAGAAUAUGUUUCCAACUAUAAACUUGACGACUGUUAACUUGAGUACAAUCCGUCGUUGCAUAUGCUUAAAUUAUAAUACAACAUCAAAAACUAUCGACUUCAGACAUUAUGCAAUUAAAGUUGUACCUAUAGGUUUAUCAAGAGGUGUUAAAAAAUUAGUGCAAGCAAAAAUACCAAAUUUGUCUAAAUGUCAAGAUAUCUCGGACUUUUUAACGAAACCAACCAUGUCCGAAAGUGAAGCUGAGGAUGAUGAAAAUAGUCAUGUCACAUUAUCACAAAAAUUGUCUUCAAGAGGGAAUCAUGCAAAUUCUAAGAGUGCGAUUAGAUUAUCCGAACUGGGACCAAGGAUAACAUUGCAGUUAAUCAAAGUAGAAAACGGUCUUCUUGAUGGAGAAAUACUUUUCCAUGAAUUUAUACACAAAACAGAGGAAGAAAAACUUGCGAUAAAAAAGAAAAGAGAAGAAAAGAAAAAAUUAAAAGAGAAAAGAAAAAAAAUACAAGAAGAAAACAAAAAAAAGAAAGAAGCACAAAAGCAAGAACACAAAGAGAAAUCAUUAAAGGGAAUUCAGAAGAAAAAGGAAAAUAAUAUGCUCCUACAAAAAAUUGCAAAAGAAUCAAUCGAACAAAGUCAACUAGAAGAUGAUGAUGAUGUGCAGUAUUAUCGUGAAGAAGUAGGAGAAGAACCUGAUAAAGAUUUGUUUCAAACAAAAGUUGGUACAAAGAGGCCACAUAAGCACAUAAUGAGAUACAAACCGAAGAAAGCGAAAUUUGACACAUCGUAGAUUUAAAUAAAUUUGUAAAAAA